AUGAAAGCAUGUAAGCUGUGUAGGAGGAGGAAAAGGGAUGGUUCCAGCUGCCAAGAAGGCUCACAAGAGGGUCACCAAGAGACAAAUGAGGCAGAAGAAGACAAUAUCUUGCUAAAGAAGCUUAGUAAUUAUUUCAGGUAUUUCAGCGUGUUCUUUUCUGUUUCUAGUGACAAUACUAGAUUCUCAUUCAUGUUGGGGACAAGAUCAGCUAGGAAGGAUGGGGAAAAAGAGUUUACAGCUUGAAGACGAUAACAAAACGAGCCACUGUUCUCAGCUUAGGUACACUGGUAAUUUUUUUAGAGCUGUAUCAUUAGUCAUGAGGUGACAUGGUUCACUGCCCGGGUUCAUUGACAGCAACCGAUUUUUAUUGUUUUAGUACACCAUUAAUUAGCUCGUACUCAUUGCAACAAUAAAUAGUGGUACUUGUAAGAACUGAUUAUUUUGCCUCAUAAUUAUGAAAGGUCUAGCAGUUCACGGAUUCCCUUAAAUAGAUAAUGGUCUUCUAGUACUGAUAUCUACUAAUUUUAUAGUGACCGUUGGAAUGUGCUUGACUUCAUCAUUCUUGUUUUCUACCUGAUUACCUUCUUAUUACGCAUAAUUACAUGGGUGAACUCCACGGACGCGUCAGAAAACUCACUCUUGGCUGUCUCAGAGUAUUUUUAUGGAUUUAUUGCCAUGUUUCUCACACUGAGAACCUUUGGUCAAGUCAUAGAGCGCAAGCGGGGAAUGGGUGCAGUACAAAUCGCUUUGUUCUUUGUUAUCGGGGAUGUAAUGGCGAUAUUUUGGCAGUUUUUGGCCAUGAUUCUAGCAUUUUCUCUGGCUAUGACCAAGAUAUAUGUUACUGAGAAGGCCUAUACCUCAGGAAAAGAUUCCGCAGAGGAUUUGUGAGUACAUAUUGCGAUCUUUCUAAAUUAUCGAAACCGUGAGUGACAGAUUUUAACUUGUUGGGCCCGUUCAUUUGUUAGUCUUUUUAGUAGUGUGGUGGAAGAGCUUUCCCUUACGUUAUGGAGGGGAACCUUAUGAAUGUCUAGGCACCCAAUGUAAGAAACAGUGGGCUAAAAGCUAAUCAAGUGAGAUUUACUUUUUUGGAUGGGAAGCCUAACAGGAGAGUAAAACUACUCAGAUCAGAAUGUCAAACGUAGCAUGAAGGCUAAUUUUUUACAGUCUUUAUGAAUACUCAAGCAGGAAAUUUAAAAAAGAGGCCUCAAUAAAUAAGUCACUUCGUCGCGCCACUAAUACACAAAAGGUUUGAAAUCAAAUUAUGAUAGCCUGAUGCCCAUUAAUCAUCGCUGGGUCAGUCGUAGUCAUAAAUUGUGGAGUCAGUGACUUGCUAUACACUGACUUUUUGUGCUUCUGGAGGUAUAAGUUUAGGAAUGUUAGUUAACAAUUUCUCUGGAACAACACAACUGUGUAAAAUAAAAUUCGGAGGGGGGGGGAGGGUGGUCAUGUAACUUUGAAAAUUUCUGUUGGUUAAACCGUAAACCAUGGCAACGGUUUCUUUAACCAUUCAUUUUCUGCUCUCAUUUUUAGGGUAUGCAGUGAUUCCGGGCUAAUUUGGUAAGAGUAGAACUGUUGUUUUUUUUCUACCCUAAUUUUAACUUUGUGCUCUGAUGUAUAAAAUAUACCACGUUACACGAAAUUUUUGCUAACCUCGAAUUUCGCGCUUUCAAUAUGCCACGAUUAUUUAAAAAGGUUCAAGCGUGAAAUUCUGUACCUGAGGGAUCGGAAAGGUUAAUUAAGGUCUCCCGAGAGGAAAAGAAAAAAAAUCAUACUGAUGUGUUGAAAUAAGUACUGAUGUUCAACACCGAGCUUUAUUAGCUUCGUCAUGAAAAUUUGCAGGAAAGACACUCUUUCCUUUCUUGGCAGCAGAUUUACUAGAACAAGAAGCAGAGCUGCGAGUGAAGAAACCCUCUUUGCCCCCCAUCUCUCUCGCGACCUCGUGUCCGAUUAAUUAACGCUACUUCGCCUCUUAAACUGCAAAAAGGCCAGCCCAGCUAUUAGUUUACCUUCUGGAAAAAUCCAGACGUCAUCGUUGCUAUUUCUUUUUACUAGUGGUUCCCCUCAGGUUUAAGGUUAUCUUGUGAUAUUUUGGAUACCAACGCUUAAAUGUGUAGGUGUUUGACUUAAUGGAGCUGACCAGGAAUCUUCAAAGCAAAUUUUGAAAUCGAUGAUCCAUGUAGGAGUAGUGACACGAUGGCCUCCAGGACACAGACGUUUAAAAACAUUUAUGGCGGUCAUAACGAUCUCAAUUUCAAAAAUUCAAUGGUGUUCCGAUCUAACUCGUUACUUAUGUUCUUCAGUUGGUGGAACAUGGCGACACACCUUGGUUGGUCUUUGCUGGGUUUAGCUGACCUGGAUAGGUUGAACUCCGUCGACGAUUCAUCCCUUUCUCUUAUCCAUGUGCUGUACAGCUUCUUCUUAAUCAUGGCAGUUAUUCUUCUCGUGAACAUGAUGAUUGCGUUGCUCUCCAACACCUAUCAGCAGGUUCAGGUACUUAACAGUCUCUAUGCCUUCGCUGAUGUAUAUUAAUUCUGUUUAUAAUCCAGAGUUAAGAAAAUAUGAGAGGUUCUCGACUGUAAGCUCGGCAGGACUUUUUUGGCGUAAGAUACAAAAGAUUAUAUGAUCAUUUAUAAUUAUACUUUUGGCCGACUGACGCUAUAGACGAAAAUGAUGGCGAAUAUUGUCCCUCUGGUAUGAUAUGUCCAAAAUAUUCUUCCGCUAUAGGAGUGUCGCCUGUUGUCUUUAUUAACUGGUACUUCCUUAGAAGCUGUUAAGUUCCUCUCAUUCCUCUAUUAUCAGGAUAAUUCACUGCAGGAGUGGUCUUUCAAGAGAGCCAUUACUGUAAGAACUUACAGCACCUAUCAUCCGAUACCAGUGCCCUUCAACCUUUUGUCUGUCCCCCUGAUAGUACUCUGGAACCUCUAUCGGAAGUGUUCGUGUAAAACAUGGUGCGACACUCCUGCUUCGCUCGAGGGACGGGUAAGCUGCGGCCUUGCCAAUUAGUUUUGUGAGUUUUAACAAGCUGCUGUUGUUUAAAGUUAUCAUUUACGUCUGCUCAGUGAUUUUACUUCAAUUUCGAUGUGGCCUUCUUUGAUUCGACAGAGAGUAGCUCUGAAUAAAGUGGUGGAGAAACUAGAAAGGAGGUACUUCGAGAAAUAUGGUUAUGAAUUUCCCCUCACAGGUGGGUGAUGUGCUAGAUUGGUAGACAGCCCCAGAAAUAUAUGAUAUGGUCAUACAAAAGAAUAUUGCGCAAAGAGAUGUUGUUCUAUUAAACUUUGCUUUGUUAUUAUCAAAGCGAUAGUUCUAAAGAAGUUUCUACCAUGACGGACAAGAAAUGAAGUAUCACAAAUUAAGAAUUCCAAUAAUGAUAAUCUAUUUAUAACCAGGCGUAUCGUAAUGAUUUUGCUGACUAGAUUCAGAAGAGGCCAAUUUAAUAUUUGGUUCCUCGCUUUGUUUUAGAGGGGAAAAAGAUAGAUCACUUGGUGCAAGAAAAUGAGGGAGGACGAAAAUUGGCCAAUCAGAUAGUUCGGCAAGUAUUCCGACCGCGUGGAACCAAGGAGGAGAAACUUGCGUCUGGCCACAGAGUGAGUGUUUUUGAGGCACACAUUCACAUGUUAAUUAAACAGGAAGUUUCCCUACCAUAUACUAUGGAUCCUGCUCCAUCAGAAUACACCUUUUUAACCUUUUUAAACUUGUUUUGUAGUGACAUAGAAAAUCUAAUCUCAAAUGCUGCUCCGGGAAGUACAAAAAAGGCAACAAAAUUCGCUCUCAACGCGCGAUACGAAAAUUAAUGGGAGGGUUAUAACUUGAAUAAAACCCCUUCUAGCUUGCUGGCAUGUCGGCUGACAAUGUCCCUGGUUGAGAGAUUAUCUUUAAGUUUUUAAAUUUCUCCUUGAGGCUUCGGUUCUUGGCCAAACAUUCAUUUUUUGGACAAUGUCUCAGCCGCAGACAUUUUCAGGUGACAUAGCAGUCGCCUGAAGGGGUCCCUCGUGUUACUGAAGUUUUGUUUGAUUGUCAUUUAAAGGCGUGGUAUGAUUCGCCGGGAAUUGCUGUCGAUGGCUGUCUCUUAACUUACAUGGGACCUAAAUUCUGCAAAAUAUGCGAAAGUGGAAAUCAUAAGGACAUUCACAGUGCCAUGUUCAAGUCUCCCUUUACACCAGAAACACCAAGAUUUGAGGUGUGCUUUUGAUUUAUAGAGAAUUAUUUGCGAACAACAAAUUUAAUUUAUAUACUUCCUGCUUCAUAAUAGAUUCUGUGAAUGAAGAUUUUAGAUAUAUGAAAAUUCACAUAUUUGCACUGCGGUGGAAAGAUGAAAUUAGGAGAUCCUCGCAGCUAAGAACACUACUGAAACGAAUAGUUGUAAAUAGGACCUGAAAAAAUUUCAGGCCCGUACGGGAUUUGAAACCAUGACCUCUGCGAUACCGGUAUCGCAGAGGUCAUGGGUUCAAAUCCCGUACGGGCCUGAAAUUUUUUCAGGUCCUAUUUACAACUACUCGUUUCAGUAGUGUUCUUAGCUGCGAGGAUCUCCUAAUUUCAUCAGAUUCUAUGAAGAUGCAACAUAAUUACAUCGCCUUUUUACCCUCUUCCCUUAAAUAACCUCCCUCUUGUAGGUGCUGGUAUUCUUUUCUAUUUUGUAGCACUACAGAUACUAAUUUUUUUAGGAAUGAACUUAACGGUGCCUCCAUAAUAGAAAGACCAGACCGGUUCCUAAAAAAACUCUUUAUGUUCCUCUUGUGGUAUCCUAUUUUCACCUUUGCUUUCAUGGUAACGUGUCAACAUCGAUCUCGUUUAGGCACUUAACCCUGUAACUCCUAAGAGCGACUGACUUGUAGUUUCUCCUGACAUUAUCAUCCCUGAGUCGAACAUUAGGGUCACAAGAAUAAAGUAAAUCAUCGCCAACCGAAAAGGCUCUUCAUUGUUUAACUAUAAUUCUUCCUUGUUAGCACAAAUGUAGGAAACUCAGCCGAAGCCAUGGCGUGCGGACGUGAUAUCAGUAGCUCCGUUGCCGAAUGAUGUUAUUUAGUUAUUACUCACUCCUUACUGUUCCAUUAUAAACAACUGAAGUGUUUUUUCGUAACUCUACCUUUCAUUGUAAUCUAAUUUGCCAAUGGGAAGAAAGAGAAGGAGUUAGUUCAAAGCCAGAAAACCCAGUACAACUAGUACAAAGCGAACAAGAUCAGGCUGCCAUUACUGAAGACGAUGAGUAUGUCACCCUGGGAACUGUUCGGGAAUCAGUUAGAGGCUCAAGAGUCAAUGAUGAAGACUCUGUUCGACUCGAUUUUCAGUUGCAGUCGUUCACCACAAGAAUUACUGAGGUUGAAAAAUCAGUUCAGUCCAUCAAUACUAGCCUACAAUUCACUCAAAAGGACGUCGAUAAUCUGAAGCCUUUUGAAGGAAAACUUGAUACAUCCAAUAAAAAAAUUGAUCAGUUAAAAUCUACCUUAUCGACACAAUCGCUUUCAUAAGAGGAUAUGGAAAACGAAAGCCGUUGAAACAAAAUCAGGGUCAAUGGAAUCCCAGAGUCUUCGCACGAAACGUGGGAAGAGUCUGAGGAGAAAGUGAAAGUUGCCAUUAAAAACAAGAUUGGCAUUGACAUCGACAUCGAGAGAGCGUACAGGGUCGAACGCAAUAACUUCAAUUAGUAGUCCUUUGACUCAUAUCUUUGAUUUAUCGGUAAGUUCUGGAGUUGUUCCAGCAAAGCUAAAGAUUCCUCGUGUCGUACCAUUGUUUAAAAUUGGCAAUAAGUCAUUAUUCUCAAAUUACAGACCUAUCUCUGUUCUACCUCUUUCUAUAAAGUUUUGGAAAAACUUGUCUACAAUCGAAAUAUUGAUUAUAUGGGUAAAUGUAAGAUACUAACCGAUAAUCAAUUCGGUUUUCGUAAACAGCAUUCGACUGAAUAUACCUCAGUAGCUCUUUUGUAUCACAAAAUUUCUUCUGUUAUUGAUAAUAAUGAGAAAACAGAGGGUUUAUUUAUUGAUUUUUCUAAAGCCUUUGACACGGUUAACCAUCAAAUUUUUCUUGAUAAGCUUCUUCACUAUGGUUUUCGCGGUGUUGCAUUUAACUGGCUGGAAGACUAUCUAAACAAUAAACAACAUUUUUUUUCAGUUCAAUGGAUUUAAUUCAUCCAAUUCAAAUAUCAAAUGUGGUGCUCCUCCGGGCUCCAUUCUUGGUCCUCUGCUCUUUCUAAUUUACAUCAAUGAUAUCUGUGAUGUCUCAACGGUUUUAGACUUCAUUCUUUCUGCUAAUGAUACAAUCAUCUUUUUCUCCCAUAAAAAUUUGAAUUUUAUCGAGAAAACCUUGAAUGAAGAACUGCUUAACCUAACGGACUGUUGCCGAGCCAAUAAACUUUCAAUAAAUGUUAUUGAAUCAAAUUUCAUGGUUUUCAAUUCAAGACAGAAAAGGGAAAUCUUAAUAUUGAACUAAAGAUUAAACACUGUACUAUACUAGGUGUUACUCUUGACGAAAAUUUGUCAUGGAAACCGCACAUUGCCUAUAUCGUUAGGAAGUUUAAAAAUCCAUCGGUAUAGUCUAUAUAGUUAGUCUCUGCCUACCUACUUCAACUUUAUGCACCCUGUACUUAAGUGUUGUUUAUCCCUACUUACUUUAUUGCUUUAUGGUAUGGGACUCCACUUAUCCAUCCACCUUAAAACGUAUUGCUCUACUCCUGAAAAAGGUGGUACGAAUUAUAUCAAGAAGUACUUUUAACGCUCAUACUGAACCUAUAUUUAGGCAGUUGAAAAUACAAUAUGUAUCGAUUUCAAAUAGGAAAGAUCAUGUUUUUGUUCUAGAUAGGCCGUCUUCCUGAUGCUCUUAAAAGAUUAUUUCAUUUUCGAGCAGCAAUCAUUGCUAUUACACCAGACAAUGCACCUCUUUUACAUACCCUAUUGCAGAACAAAUAUCAAACAGUUUGCGUUAUGUUUCCAAGGACGUAAAUUUUUCAAUUCCCUGAAUAUAUAAAUCCAAAAUGUUGACACACUUUCCCUGUUUAAGUCUAAAUUGCCAACACUACUCCUAAGUUGACUCCCUUCUUAUUCUUAUUUAUUGAUUUAUUUAUCAGUUUAUUUAUUUAUUUUUAUUUUUUGUCUUACUUUUCUCACGCUGCUUAAGUAUAUGUUUGUGUGAGUCCCUGCUAUUGUUGUCAUUUUGUGUGUGUGAGUUCUUUCCAUUUUAACCUAAAAAAUAUUUUUAGACCUGACUCACGCCAUAAAAGCGAUACCUCACUUUUGUAAAAUAUGAGGAGCCUGCAGCUCGCCUAAGCCUCUCUCUUUCCCUACGGGUUUCCUCGCCGUAUGUUAAAUAUUCAGCUAUAUCAUAAUAAUAUAUAUGAAAUUCCUUUUUGAUUUCUACUGAUGUAUCAUAAUUACAAAUUGGCAAAAAAAAAAAUGUACGGAGAACAGCAUGUUGAAUAUUCAUAAUGAUGUUAGAGUGUGAAAGGUUAAAUUCAUCUCCUUGUUCUCUUUCUUUGAGGUGCAUUUCAGGGCCAAGUUAUACGGCCUUUGAUGGCCACCUUUGAAUAAUGUAAUGGUUUUUAUUAAUAUUAUUAUUGCUAUUAUUAUUUAUAUUAAUGCUAUUAUAAAUUUUAUAAUUAUCAUCAUUAUUGCAGUUGUUAUUAUAGCUGCUUUUGUUGUUUAUAUGAUCAUUAUUUCGGAUGUUGAUUGUUUAUAUUAUUGCUAACAUCGUCUUUAUCAUCGUUGUUAUUUUGCUUUGGUCUAAGAAACUAGUAUUCCCUCGCGCUCAUUUGCGAAAAACCCAUUUGCAGCCCGAAACAAAAAUUAAAAGCAUGGGACUUGGGCUUGGGGCAACCGUAACAACAGUCUAAAAAACAAAAGUCCGACAUUGUUUUGUAGGUACUUAUUCAGGAGACUGGGGAGAGGCGUAUUGUGGCUCUGGGUGCUGUGCCUCAGUCGUACGACUGUCAUAAAAUGCCUGGCUGGGAUGAAGGAGCAGUCGGUUACCACAUAGACGAUGGUAAAAUAUUUGAAACUGACUGCCGUGAGCUGGGAAAAGAAGUCGAAGGUAUGGGUUACUGUGACGAUAGGUGUACGAUAUCUGCCACAAGGAUCUCUUGGCGCUCGGGAACGUGGUCAAUGCCUUGCCGUCCUUUUAGGGCGACCUUGCGACAAUAGGUUUCUGUUUCAGUAGAAUCCCUCGCAAUGAUUAUUCUGACGUGCAAGAGAUAAAUGAGGAAUGUAUUGUAGUUGUGUGCCCAACAUAGAAUGUUGAACGAAGUUACUGUAAAAUCUAUGUGCCUGGAGUGUGAAACUAAAAAAGAUCCCUGAAUCCUUUGAUCGUGGGGGGCUGGAACCCUCCUCUGCUUGCCGAUGGAAUGCUUUCUAGAGAACACAUUAAAGGCCAAAGAAAAACGAGAUUCAUAUCAACAAAUGCAUGACGUUGCAUGAAUCAUUUUUAUCGUCAAAAUUCCUUAUAUAAAUAGAAUAAGAGAGAUCAAGCUUUGUGUUCGGAUGAACAAAGAAGUAGGUCAUUGAUCAAGAUCGAACAACAAAGAAAAAAAGUCCAAUUUCACAUCCUGGUGUUACACGGUUGGUUGCCUCAAGUUUGGUUUAUUUUGCUAUAUUUUUGCCAUGUACUUAAUGUUUUCUGUUGAUAACUUAGGAGCCAUGGCUUACCGCGGCGAUCUCAUCGCUUGUGAAGUUGAUUUUAGUGGAAACCUCGAGGGCAAAGUCUCUGUGUUAUUCUCCUUGAACGGUAGAGAAGUAGCGCGUUCUUCAUUGGAGUAUACAGAGGGAAAUGAACUAUUUCCCUUCGUUUCAUUGGGAUCUGAAGGCAUUACAGUGCUCACCAAGGUAUGUUCGAAAGAAGGAGGGGGGAGUGGGGAGGGGGGAGGGGAGGGUAAUGGGCUAGAAAUUGAAUCUGUAAAUGGUUUGGUUUCAUCGGUGAUCCGCUAACGUAUCCCGCCUCGGCACACUCCUCCAGUUACAAUCAAGGGAUUGGUCAUGAGACCAAAUUAGAAGCAUGUGGCGAAGAAGAACUUUGUUGUAUCCAGUGUUGAAAAGACCACUAAAAUUUUGUUCAAGUUUGAGUAAUUUAAACGUUUGCGAACAUUUACAAACUAUCCAUCCUUUUUACCAAAAGGCUAUGCCCUGAUUGCUCUUAAGGUAAGAACAGGCAAAAAGCGCGUCGAUCUCUGCAGCAUAUCUUUAUUCCACAAUUGUGAAAAUUAAAGUCUAUAGUUGACAACUUUUGAUCAUCGCUGUCUUAAAAUUGUCUUUUUCAUUUUAAAUUGGAGGCGUUUGACUUUUGCACGUUUUAGAUGUGCCAUCCCGACAGAGACCAUUUUAGUAGAAUAACAAAUGAAGACCUUCAGAAGGAAAUUGGAGAUCUGCGACGUGAUUUUCAGGAUCAACUUGACAAGCAAGGGAGGAUGUUAAAGUUAGCACUGCGUUUGAAGGAAGUAAAGGACAGAGGAAAACAAAGACGAUUUUCAUCUCCUCAGUAG